AUGACGACCCGCGUCCUUCGACGGAAUAUCAAGAUCCUCGUGAUCAACCCCAAUUCGUCAGAGGAUAUGACGAGGGGCAUGGAGAGGGCCAUACAGGCAAUGCCCUUGCAGGAUUCCCUCGAGAUCCACACAUACACAGCACCGUCCGAAAGCCCAGCGAGCAUCAACGACGACGCUGACAUCCAACUGAGCACCGAGGUUGUGGUCAGGGACCUCGUCAACAGCGGCAAGCUUGAUCAAUACGAUGGCGUCCUCGUCGCAUGCUACAGCGUUCAUACGCUUGUCGAGAAGCUCUCUCGCCAGUUCCACUCGUCUCUCGCCGUCACCGGCAUCUUUGAAGCAAGUAUCCUCACCGCGACAGCGCUCUUGCCUCAUAGCUCAACCGCCUCGUACCUCUCAUCAAAAUGGGGCGUCGUCACUACGGGCGAGUUCUGGGAGAAGCACCUGAGCCAAGGAGUCAAGAGUUAUCUGGGCCAGAGAGAGCAGGCAGAGAACGUCAAGUUCGGCGGGGUCACGUCGACUGGCCUGACGGCCGGAGACUUCCACCACAUCAGCCCGGCAGAAGUGAGGAGCAAGCUCGAGCAAGCCACCAAGAAGCUUCUCGGCAGCGGAGACGUGCGCUGCGUCGUCAUGGGAUGCGCUGGCAUGGCGGGAUUGGAGGACAUCAUCCGCAACUCGGCUACCGACGUUUACGGCGAGAACAAGGGCAGACAGGUCUUCAUCGUCGACGGUGUCAGGGCCGGCAUCUUGCAGUUGGAGCAAACGGUCAGAAGCAGACGACUGUUCCAGAUUUAA